UAAAUAUUUAUCAUAAUGGUCCCUAUGAAGGUUGGAGCACUACACGUCACCUGAGUCCACCAUCACCGCCGUUCUCGCCAGUUUUUAGCCAUUUUCUCGCCCAAAUAUCCAUCUUUUCGCCAUCGUGGAUAUUGUGGUUGUGAUAUGAAUCAGUAUGGUUGAAGGAUCGACCCCAGACAUGGGGGCUGCGGAGGGGGUUGUUGCCCCCUCCGCAGCAGCAGCGAGCGAGGAGGUCGUGGUGCUGCAGAUUCCUCCGGUGACAACCCGUCGCCCAACCAUCUGUUAUGGUCGCAUCCUCCUGGGCGAGAUAACACCACUGCUGGCCGCCAUGAAGCGGUCAACUCCCCGCUGGUCGUCACACCAGCAGGACAUGGAACGUGAUCCGCUGGUCAUGAAGUUGAAGGAGUUGAGGACUACGGUCACCUCCCUGGGUCCAGAUGACACCAUGGACCCCAGUACAUUCCUGGAUCCAUUUCUGGCAAUCAUCCGUUCUGAGGACACCACCGGGCCUGUCACCAAAGGUGCUCUGGCUGCUGUUAACAGAAUGCUGAACUAUGGCCUCAUCACAGAGGAGUGCAGCAGUGCCGUCAGUGCCGUAGAGGCAGUGGCUGCAGCAGUCACCCAUGCUCGCUUUGUGGGCACUGACCAAGGGGCCGACGAGGUUGUCUUGUGGGAAAUACUGACUGUGUUGAGGACGCUCAUGCUGGGUCCCGUCGGUCACCUUCUCACCAACGAAUCUGUUUGUGAAAUAUUAAAUUCUUCCUUUCGCAUCUGCUUUGAGACGCGACUCAGUGAGCUCUUGAGGAAUUGUACUGAGGAUGCACUGAGGCACAUGGUACAGCUUCUCUUUGCUCGCCUCCCUCAGUUUAAAGAUGAUCCCAGGAUUCAGGGGCAGGCCAGGAGACUGAAGAUGCGGGCAGGAGGAGAGGGCAAAGGUCGCAGGAAGGGCAAAUCCCCCCGACCGACGCCAUCCUCUACCCCUCCUCCCCCAGAGCCAACUCUAGCAACUAAAGCAUCAGAACAGAUGAAGAAAGAGGAGGAAGAGUCUGAUUUAGGCAUCAAAGAGGAACUGUCGCCACUUGCCAUGGUGUCGCCAUCCGAAUCUGAGCUGGAGUCCUUGAGUAGUGCUAUUGUUGGAGACAACCCGGUUGGGGACACAGCCUCGGUUGAUUCAGGAAUCAUGGAUUCCAUUUCUCCGGUUGAAAACAAGGUUGACAUAUCCAAUGCUCAUUUAGCCCCAGAUAACUGUAGUUCAAUGGAAAAUCUUGCAAGCUCAGUGAAUGAACCAGAUGGCGUGUGUUCCUCCAAGAUCUGUGAUGCCGAUCACAUUGAGGCAGUGUCCAGGGAACGAUCGGAAACCAACACGUCGCAGUCGUCAGCCGAGGUAGUCAGUCACGGAGACAUUGAAACCGAGCCCUUGGAGACUGCCUCUCGAUCAGAUAACAUGCUUCAGGUCGAGAAGGAGGAGUUCAUCAAUGCCCAGGGAGUGAAGUUCACUCAGGAGGGAGUGAGUGUUGAAGAGGGUACACUGGUGCCCUAUGGUAUGCCCUGCGUAAGAGAGGUGUUCAGGUUCUUAAUCUCUCUCACUUCGCCAACCAACGAACAAAAUACACCUUCCAUGAUUCUCACAGCACUCAACCUGCUGACGGUCGGCCUGGAAGUUGGCGCCCAUCACAUCAAUCUGACACCAUCAUUGAUGACACUUCUGAAGGACCAGCUCUGCAGGAACCUCUUCAUGCUUCUGAAACCUGACCACAGGCUAAGCAUCUUCAUGGCAUCCCUGCGUAUAUGCACCCUAUUUUGCGAGUCCUUGCGUACCCACUUCAAGUUUCAGAUCGAAAUGUUCCUCAACAAGCUUACGGAAAUUAUAACAUCGGAAAUGGCAAAUGUAACUUAUGCUCACAAGGAGUUAGCCUUGGAGACCAUCGUUCAGUUGUGGCGAAUUCCUGGACUCGUCACGGAGCUCUUCCUGAACUAUGACUGUGACCUAUAUGCUUCUAAUUUAUUUGAAGACCUAACUAAAGUCCUCUCUAAGAAUGCAUUUCCUGUUCAGGGCCUCUAUUCUACCAAUUUACUGUCUUUAGAGGCACUUUUUACAGUCAUUGAGACAAUUGAGGGACACAGCACGAGCAGAGAUAGAAAGUCAUUGGAUGCGGUACACGAUCUUAAACAGAUGCCUCUGGUGGUGGCGCCGGUGUCGUCGGGAUACCUCCUGGGACUGGGUCUUCAUGGCGGGUUCUCACCAGUCACACCCCAGCUCAAGGCUCGCACUGUACUGAUGGACAGUCAGACUGUCUCACGGGAACACUUGGUGGCGCUCAAGGAACAGAAAAAACUCUUGGCUGCUGGAACGGAUCAGUUUAAUGCUAAGCCUGACAAAGGCAUUAAAUUUUUGCAGGACAAUGGAAUUAUUGGGAAUACUAAUGAUGAUAUUGCUGUGUUUCUUCGAGAGAAUCCUCAGCUCUGUAAGAAGAUGAUCGGUGAGUACGUGAGCAAGAAGAAGAAUGUCGACAUACUGUCAGCUUUUGUGAGAUCCUUUGAGUUUCGAGGACUGCGAGUCGACGAGGCGCUACGCACAUUCCUGGAGAGUUUUAGGCUCCCUGGGGAGGCUCCUCUCAUCUCUAUCAUCAUCGAGCAUUUCUCAUCCCACUGGCAUACCAGCAACAACGAACCAUUUGGGAAGGAGGAUGCAGCGUUUACUCUCGCUUAUGCUAUUAUCAUGCUCAAUGUUGACCAACACAAUCAGAAUGCCAAGAAACAGAAUAUACCCAUGACUCUUGACCAGUUUCGCAACAACUUGCGUGGUGUCAACGAUGGCAAAGACUUUGAUCCGGACAUGCUGGAAGAGAUUUACAAUGCAAUUCGUCUGGACGAAAUAGUCAUGCCUUCGGAACACACAGGAUUAGUGAAGGAGAAUUACAUGUGGAAGAUGUUGUUGAAGCGAGGAAUGACCAAAGAGGGGGAGUACCUCCUUGCCAAUGGCAACACAGCCUUUGACCGCGACUUGUUCGCCAUCUGCUGGGGCCCAACCAUCGCCUCGCUCUCCUAUGUUUUCGACAAGUCCUCUGAUGAUGCCAUUAUCCAGAGAGCACUAUCGGGCUUCAGGAAAUGUGCAUCUAUUUCUGCGAGAUACGGCAUGAGCGACGUUUUUGACAACCUGGUGGUGUCGCUCUGUAAAUUUACUACACUGACAGCUUCCUCUGUUGAACCGCCAGAGCAUGUGACCGUGUCGUUUGGGUCUAACAAGAAAGCUCAGCUUGCUGCCAGGACAGUCUUCAAGCUGGUCACGUCACAUGGCGACAUUUUGAGAGAUGGCUGGAAGAACAUCUUGGACCUUCUCCUGCAGCUUUUCCGCUGUCGCCUCCUUCCAUCCUCGCUAGUGGAGAGCGAAGACUUCGUAGAGUCGAGUGGGCACAUAAGCUUGAUGCGAGAGACUCCAGUUGCUGUUCCUAGAGUAGAGUCUGGCUUGCUGUCAUCUCUAUACUCUUAUAUCUCCCUUGGUGAUGCUGGCACUGCCAGAGGGACAAACCCGGAAGACAUAGAGCUGUCGCAGAGAGCCAGAGCCUGUAUCUUAGAGUGCCAUCCUGAGAAGCUCAUCACCGAGUCUGCAUUCCUUCGAUGCGAUUCGUUAAAUGAACUGCUGAAAGCCAUGAUGGGUGCAGGAGAUGCCAGCACUCUAGGAGACACUGGUAUAGGUCCUCGAGGAAGCUUGCUUGAGGACGGCAUGACUGGAGGACUAGAUGAACACAGUCAGGCGUUCCUCCUCGAAUUAGUCGUGCAAGUUUUGGUAGCCAACAAAGACCGUGCCCUGGGUGUCUGGCCUGGUGUGCGAAACCAUAUUUAUUCACUGUUGAUGGGGGCAGUUGCCGCCGACCGGCAGUUUCUCCUUGAGCGUUGUGUCGUGGCCAUGUUGCGAUUGGCCAAAGUCUUGCUUAGACGACCCAAUCUUGCUAAUCCUAUCUUGCAGGCUCUGCGUAUGUUGCUGCUACUGCGUUCUACGGUGCUGCUGCGAAUCUCCCUGCAAGUUGUCUGUGGUUUACGCGAAGUGUUGAGUGUGAACACUGACCACAUCCAAGACCCUAAUGACUGGGCGGUGCUGUUUAACCUGCUGGAGUGUGCCGGUGCUGGUGCUAAACCACCACCGAUGGUCAACUCAGAGCACCCAGACACCACCAGUGAUGCAGGCUCAGUGUCAGACAGUGACGUGGGCAGCACCUCGGGCAUCGACUCUGGCCAUUGCACCGAGGGGGCGGCUAGUGAUUCUGUAGAGCGCCCCUCGACUCCAGCCGGGGUGACGGAUCAUAAUGAAGGGGCCAAGUCAACCCAGAGAUCGAGAGCAGCCAGCCCUGAUCCACUCCACAACACUGGGGGCUGGAUACUGGUGGGUACUGGGUUGGUCGCGAGCAGACGAGCAGUGGCAGUGGAGCUGUGGCGCAAGACAGAAAAACGAAUCUCCAACAAGGAAGGCAUGCGGUCGCCACUGCGGCGGAAGGCUACUGGACGACGCAAGGAAGAGAAGUCUGGCUUGCGAGGACCUAAAUCUCCUACCACCAGCCCGAGUGCUUACGAUGCGGAUGAAGUCGACCUGAGCUACAAUUGCAGUGCAAAUUAUGACUUUUCAGGCAAGACUAGAACCAACGAAUUCCAAAAGGAAGGCAAUGCGGUCGCCACUGGUGGCGGAAGGUACUGGACGCGCAAGGAAGAAUUGCUUUUGCUGGACCUGAUGGAUACACUACACACAGCAUCUAGUCACAUUGUGGGUCUGGCCGACCAGCCGCUGCAGCUGGCAUCGUCGCCCUCGCUCUGGCCACAGGCACUAUGUCCUCUCCUCCAGGGUAUUGCUCGUUACUGCUGCGACUCUCGCACUACUAUCCGCAACAUGGCGAUGACAUACCUACAACGAGCGUUGCUGAACCACGACUUGCAGGCUCUGAGUGCCGGGGAGUGGGAAUCAUGCUUCAACAAGGUGCUCUUUCCUCUGUUGGCCAAGCUACUGCAGCCACUACCAGGGUCCAGUCCAGCCUCCCUGGAGGAGACCAGGGUUCGAGCGGCCACACUCGUCCAGAAGGUGUACCUGCGUCAUCUGACACCCCUGUUAACCCUGGCCACCUUCACGGCCCUAUGGUUAACCAUCCUCGAUUUCAUGGACAAAUACCUUAACACCCAUCGUUCAGAUCACUUGAGUGAUGCCAUUCCGGAGAUCCUGAAGAACAUGCUGCUGGUGAUGGAGACUACUCAGGUGUUCCACACGGCUGAUGGCUUCACUCGCCUCUGGACUAUCACCUGGGAUCGCAUAGAUGCAUUCUUGCCGGACUUUCGCCACAACCUCUUUCGCAGUCACCCACCUUCGGAGAUCCACAAGAUAGAGGUGGUACCAUCCAAGAGUUGCGUCAAGUCUCCUCUGCCGCCGCUCCCUGAUGACAUGAGGGCAAGCCGUGCCAUGCCAGGUGGCAUAGCUGUACCAGGAGCGGUGCAGGAGCCCUCGCCUCAGGAUGCCACCAACACCGCCUCUUCCAGCCCUUGUUCUGACGGAGAGGCGUUUGCACCUCCCACCUUGAGGGAACAACAGGCUGCUAGGUUAUCUCUGAGUCAGGAGUCUCUGCCGACUAGCUACGGCAAUGCCAUCAUCCUGCAGCCUCCACUUCCGACCCUCCUACCCGCCGCACUGCCAGGCUCGCCCUCCUCAUCCUCCGGGGCAACGGCGCUCGCCCAGUCGACCUCUCAGAUGCCGUCAUCAGUACACGAGGCCAGUGGGAGUUUGGUCACUAGUUCCGUACCGACCACCCUGCCAUACCUCAGCCCGUCCUCUUCGCCAUACUCACUCUCUCCUGUCGACCCUACAGCUGUUUUUCCACACGUAGUCUUGCAUGUGGAGCCACCCACACCACCCACGCUACCCAUUUCUCUUCCUGUAACCCACGCUGAAUACUCAAUGCCCAUUUUGAAUUACCAAGAUACUCUGGUGUCACACACACACACGAUCGCUGACUACUCGACGACACCUCUCACACAGUUGUCUCCUCUCAUGCAGCCGUCUCCUCUCACACAGUUGUCUCCUCACAUGCAUUCGUCUCCUCUCACGCAGUCGUCUCCUCACAUGCAGUCGUCUCCUCACAUGCAGUCGUCUCCUCUCGCGCAGUCGUCUCCUCACAUGCAGUCGUCUCCUCACGUGCAGUCGUCUCCUCUCACACAGUCGUCUCCUCUCACGCAGUCAUCUCCUCUCACACAGUCUUGUGUAACCUCACCAGUGUUACUUCAGUACCCCAACUACAAUACAUUGCCUCUGCCACACUCAUACACUGACUCAGCGUGUCUUCAUCCACAAGUGUCCUUGUCACCCAGUGCAGCAGCGGUGCAGAAGGUUCCACAUUACACAGGAACGUUCACCUAUCGAUCUGAAGGUGAACCUGUGUCAUCCUCAUCUACAAGUCAUAAUGCAAUUAGUUACACUGGCAAUACUUCUCCACAAACUUUCUGUUCCCCAGCAAACUCUGUGAGCAGUGAAAGUUUUUUUUAUGAUAAGCCAGGAAUGUCUCCAGAUAAUAUUGGUCACUUUUAUUCUCCAAGCGAUUUCACAGCCGGUUAUUCAUCAAACUUUACAAAUUCGUCUCUUCAUUCGGAACUUCCUGCGUGUGACAUCCCUGCACACAGCACUCAUGACUCCACCCUGGCCAGUACAUCCAUCACCUGUCCAUACCUUGCUACCACAAAUGCCUCUCACUCUGCUGCUUUUCCCAUUGUUAAUGCUUCGUCUCUUGCAAGUUCUGCUUCCACACCCCCAGGUGAUCACUCGGCCUACAGUUUUGCUGACAGCUAUGUUUCAAACCACACCAGGAGUGCACAAUUUACCCAAAAUGCUUCUGGCUUGUCGUCCAACCAUAUUUCACCUCUUAGCAAUGUACCUGCCAUAGACUAUGCCCUCAGUAUAGCUAGCACCAGCACAGCUAACACUAGCACAUUACCUGCCACAGACUGUGGCCUCAGCAUAGCAAACACCAGCACCACACCCAGCACUGCCAUUGUAUCACCCUCCCCAACCUCCAUCUUCCCUAUAUCUCUCCCGUCAUUCCUCAACCCAUUUUCUACGGAUGACGUAGAGUCAGACUCUCCAGGCACAAGUGGAGAGUCAGCCGGGGUUAAAACAUCUUUACCCGAUCCUGCAAGUAGUGGUGUUCCUCCUCCCUGUCCAGCUAAGGAUUCUUCUCUCUUGUACCGUCCAGCGUCAAUACUCUUGAACCAGGCGAGUGAGGCCCAGCAUUACAGCAUGGAGACUGCACUUUCUUCGAAACCUCCAGGCCAGCCUCUGGCAGACGGGUGCGGCGGUGACGGCAUGCAAGAUGGCCGGGACGUCACACUGCACACGGCACCUCCUAUUCCACUCCUGCUGACAAAUUCAGUGCUGCAUCCGCCACCUCUUACGCUCUUGCCUCUUGGCACGCAAAUGGGCCAUGAGGGCAAGGAGUAGGUCGUCAGUCAUCAUACAUUCCUCCCAGAGACCUGCGCCACCACUAGUGUUCUUGUUUGAGCGGCAUCUGGCCUCUCCGCAGUUUUUUAAAAGCAUUUUGCACCUGUGAUUCCGUGGCAGUGUUCAGUGCUUCUCUGAGAAGUGUCAUUUUGCAUGAGUUUAAUCAUGUUAAUUUAAAGUUGGUGAAUUUUAUAUUCAAACAUUGAAAUGUAUGUUAAUUUAUAGACUUGGUUUACGUGUUGGGUCACCGCUGUAACUUUGUGUAUAUCUUCCAGUGAAUGUAUUCCAUGUGUUGGGUCGUCAAACACACAGUUAUAGCCAUACUUACAAACACACAAUUACAUGUAAACUUAUAAAUAAUUAAAACACCUGGAACACUAACCUGUUUUAACAGUUAAAACACCUGGAACACUAAUCCCUUUUAACAGUUAAAACACCAGGAACACUAACCUGUUUUAUCAACUUGAGGACCCCUGGUGGCUGUGUUUUACAUUCACGAUAUUUCUUAUCAGCAUUUUAAGGUCAAAAGCACCAUAUUAAUUUCCUUCUCACUUAAUUUGAAUAUUCAGUUAGUUGGACUUCCUCUGGUCUUGCAAGACCAAUGUACAACAGAGGGAGAAAGUUCACAAAAAUGUUAAUUGUUCAUCAUGUGAAAUUCUUUAGCCUAUGAAAUAUUUUGUGCAAUAGAGCCCCUUUUGAAUUCAACAUUAUAUAUAUAUAUAUUUCUUUCUUUCAACACACCGGCCGUAUCCCACCGAGGCGGGGUGGCCCAAAAGGAAAAACGAAAGUUUCUCCUUUUCUUCUUUCUUCUUUCUUUCAACACACCGGCCGUAUCCCACCGAGGCGGGGUGGCCCAAAAGGAAAAACGAAAGUUUCUCCUUUUACAUUUAGUAAUAUAUACAGGAGAAGAGGUUACUAGCCCCUUGCUCCCGGCAUUUUAGUCGCCUCUUACAACACGCAUGGCUUACGGAGGAAGAAUUCUGUUCCACUUCCCCAUGGAGAUAAGAGGAAAUAAACAAGAAUAAGAACUAGAAAGAAAAUAGAAGAAAACCCAGAGGGGUGUGUAUAUAUGUGCUUGUACAUGUAUGUGUAGUGGGACCUAAGUGUAAGUAGAAGUAGCAAGACGUACCUGAAAACUUGCAUGUUCAUGAGACAGAAAAAAGGACACCAGCAAUCCUACCAUCAUGUAAAACAAUUACAGGCUUUCGUUUUACACUCACUUGGCAGGACGGUAGUACCUCCCUGGGCGGUUGCUGUCUACCAACCUACUACCUAUAAUAUAUAUAUAUAUAUAUAUACAUAUAUACAGUAGAACCCACAUAUCUGCGGAUUCAGUUUCAGUUAUCCACGGUUUACUGUGGCCUGAAAAUAACCCAUAAUUUUGCAUAAAAGUUGUGAUGGCAGUUGUUCAAAGCCUGAGAGAAGUCGUAAAGCGCUUCCCAUCAGUGAAAAAAUAAUAAUACUCCACUUACUGUGCAUAAUUUAUCAAUUAAACUUUAGGUCGUGUAUGUAAAUAAAAAAUGAUUUGUAUGUAGGGUUUGGUACUAUCCACGGUAGGUCUUGGAACGUAUCCCUCGUGGAUAUAGGGGACUACUGUAUAUAUAAUAUAUAUAUCGAUUCAUAUAUUAAAAGACAGGUUAAUUAUUGUUAGUAGUGAGUGAUAGUUAGACUUUUAUGUAAAUAAGAGUUGAUAUAUAUAUCUGUGUAGUGCAUAUAUUUAUAUAAAGUUAACGAAUAUUGAGUAUUGAACAUUGAAUAUUCUUAGCGGUGUAGCUUUGUUGUAGACUGCAAUAGCGAGGUUGCAACAGUUCGCGACCCUUUCAUGAUUUGGGGAGAAGCUGUGAAUAAAUGAUAUACAAAACUGACAUAAUAAAUGAGAGACUUGUGCAACAUAUCACACAAGUGUCUGGAGAGAAGCUUUAGACAAUGAUUGGGUCCGUGGUGGGUCGUUGUUGGUACAGUGGGGGAUGUGAUGGACCCUCAGAUAUAUCUCUCUCCUCGCGACUUGGUGAUGGUCCGGGGUGGACAUGAGAUGUCUGGCAUGCACUUUCUAUAUUGUGAGUUGUGAACUGUCAAGAGUAGUUGUGUCUUGCUGUGAGCGUCCUAUCAACCCCAGUCACAGUAGGAUGUGGAUAGUGUUUGGUGGAUGGAUAAUUUGUGGAUAGUGUCUGGUUUAUGUACAGGACUUGUAGAUGGAUAGUUUGUGGAUAGUGUAUAGUGGAUGUACAGUGUUUGUGGGUAGUGUCUGGUUUAUGUACAGGACUUGUGGAUAGUGUAUGGUGCAUGUACAUUGUGGAUAGUGUACAGUGGAUGUACAUUGUUUGUGGGUAGUGUCUGUUGGAUGAAUUGCUGGUGGUUUUUGUUUUGCAGAUAAAGACAAGAGAGGAGGUUGUACAGUAGAAUCUCUUAUAACAUGACUCACGAAAUCGUAAUGACACGAUUGCAAACAAACCAUACCACAGGCGGGAUUUGAACCCGUGGUCAGAGUCUCAAAACUCCAGACCGUUGCGUUAGCCACUGGACCAGCUGGUCCAGUGGCUAACGCGACAGUCUGGAGUUUUGAGACUCUUCGACCUCUGGUUCAAAUCCCGCCCGUGGUAUGGUUUCUCUUAUAACAUGUAAAUGGUCUUGGAAAUUGCUUAUUAUAUAUAUACUGUUUUGCACCAAGGCAGGGCAAGUAAAGGAAAAAUAUUAACCAUCAUUCGUUCAACAGCCAUUGUGCUAAAAUUAUUUUUUGUGACACGCUGGUCGUCCCACUGAGGCAGGGCGACCUGAAAAAGAAAAAACACUUCCACCAUCACUCAGAGUGGAAGUGCAAUAGUGACAGCGUACUAGAACUACGUGUAGGAUUAGGGCACAGUGUGGAUUAUGGAAUCGUACCUGAAAGAGGAUUUGUCCAGGACUUGACAAAAGUCCAGGAGUUUGUGGAGUCCUGCUGGACAAAGUGUUUUCUAAUAUAUCUUAACUUGCAUAUUAUCUUUUUAGAAGUGUACAGAUAUUACAGAAUUUUUAGUGUGAAUUUAUUACCUUCGAGAAAUGUGGUCAUGGUCCUGGACCCUCACACGUGAGAUUUUAGUUUAUUUAUAAAAUAUGUGCGCUGAACCUCCCCUACUCUUCCUAUUGGUUGAAAAAAGUUUACACGUGGUCAGUCGUAUACAACUGCUCUUUUUUUUAUUUUUAUACUGUAUAUACUUGUAAAGUCAGAUACAUGUUGCAUCCUGGGUAAGAACCAAACUAGUAUAGUCAUGCCUCUGGCAAGACAGUGAUGGAGUGAACGAUGAUUAAAGUGUUUCUUCUUUUUUGGAUCAUCCUGCCUUGGUGGGACACGGCCAGUGUAUUAAAAAAAUAAAAAAUCCAAAUUGCUUGGCUUUCCUGGGUUACUAAUCCUCUAUUACUAACCUAAAUAUUAUUACAGUUAUAAGUAAGUGCUAAACUCACAAGGGUUACUAACCUAAAUAAAACCUUAUACUCUGUCAAGAGUGAUGCAUUAGCAUCAUACAAUAGUUGCAGUAGGUCUCACGAAUUUUUUUAAACACAUCGGCCAUUUCCUACUGAGUCAUGGUGGUCCAAAAAAAGAAGAAACACUUUUUAUCAUCAUUCACUCCAUCACUGUCUUUGCCAGAGCUCGUCCUCUACUACAGUUAAAGAACUGCAACACAUUUCCACCCUGGAAAUAUAAACACAAAUGCAGUAUAAUGUGAUCCUUUAUUGACAACGUUUCAACCCCAGGUAGAUCCGUGUGUGACUUGAAAAAGCCCACUGUGUGGGUGAAACGUUGUCAAUAAAGGAUCACAUUAUACUGCAUUUGUGUUUAUAUUUCCACUGUGUUGGUAUUUUUUAUACCAUUUAUUUCCAUUGUUUCUACAUUUCCACCCGUCCUGUCUUGCCAGAGGUGCGCAGAUAUGACAGUUCACACGUGCAUAUUUAUUUCUUAGUUUGUAUAGAUAUACGCUUCAAACCUUGAUCUAAUGGACUAAGAAAAUGUAGAAUAAAAUCCACCAGGCAAACUGAUUCAGAAACAAUUAUGACCGCUGGUUACGCAAUUGUCCGUUGUUAAAGAUCACGGCAGAGGACGAUUCCAGAAGGGGAUCAAAAUAUAUAGAUCAAUUAAU